CAAAUUUAUAUUAAUAUUUGUCCAUUGCUCUUUAUUUAUGACUCAUUUCAAACAUUUUUUAUAGUCAAAAUCGCUGAAUUUGCCUAUUUCCUGUUCAAAUAAAGAAAUGAAACGAGAGGUGCGGCAGCAAUGAGUAAAGCCUCACCUCUGAUUGCGCAAUCCUUAACAAACUGGGUUGAUACAUGGAAUUGGAGCGUGCUGGUUGCCGUACAUCUGCAUGUCGCCAUUAUAAUGUUUCCAGAUACGUUUAUUUGACCUGAUUUUCCUCAGUCUGGCUAAUGUCUUUAACCCUUAAAGUUUAAUGUUUGUUAGCGACAUAUUUAGUUUUGCUGAUGGGAAAUAAAACCGCAGUGAAAAGACACAGGCUGCGGCAGAUAGUACUCUGCCGCACUGCAAGGGGGCGUACGUGAAACUGGACUUUCCGUUAAAAGUGGACGCGGUUAACACAACGCCGGUGUUGUCCGGAGCUAAAAGGUUUGCUUCAAACUACGGGACCGAGGAUAACUCGCGCUUUUCAAACGGACUGGUACACCCGAAAAGACUGUCUAUGUGGCUGUCUUUCGAAAAAUCGCCUUUGCUGCUUUCCCUGCCUUUUCUUCUCAACUUGAGCCAAUGUCUGGACUAACACGAGAUAUUGUGACAUUAAAAAACUACCACGAAGCCUCAGCAAACAUGAGAGCUCGACCACUCACAUUCAAAGCCUGUUUGCUUUAAAAACUUUUGGAAGCUCAAGGAUCGAUUUGGCUUUGACGAACAGCGGAAGCUCAACGGUAGCAUCCUCAAAAGCUAAGGAAUGAUGUGAAGCAGGUCCAACAAAAUGUGUAUUACCAGAAGAUCAGGAGAACACGUGGGUCCGAAUUUUUAGGCGUUAGACCCCCAUCUCAGAUCCUCGUGGGGGGGAGGGGGUGGCCCCCAUGGUCCCUCUCGUUGGGUGCCCACCGAUUUAUACCUUGAUCAAGCUAAAAUGGCGCAUAGCAGAUGCUACUUCUUGCCUUUCCUGAUGAUGAAGAGCUGCCUCCUGCUGGGGUCCGCCGCCCCCUCUCCAAACUCGGACCUGCAGCAGGAGUAUGCACACUCCAUCCGCUUAGAUGGCGACAUCAUCUUAGGUGGCCUAUUCCCUGUACACGCUCGGGGCGAGCGAGGGCUACCGUGCGGCGAGCUGAAAAAGGAGAAGGGGAUCCACCGUCUAGAGGCCAUGUUGUUUGCCAUCGACCUUGUCAACAAAGACCCUGAGCUGCUCCCCAAUGUCACUCUGGGUGCGCGUGUCCUGGACACGUGCUCACGAGACACCCACGCCCUGGAGCAGUCACUCACCUUCGUACAGGCUCUCAUUGAGAGGGACGUGGGCGAUGUGCGCUGCACUAAUGGACAGACCCCCAUCUUCGCCAAACCCGACAAGGUGGUGGGUGUCAUUGGGGCGGCGGCCAGCUCUGUCUCCAUCAUGGUGGCCAACAUCCUGAGGCUCUUCAAGAUCCCCCAGAUCAGCUACGCAUCAACAGCGCCAGAGCUGAGUGACAACACUCGCUAUGACUUCUUCUCGCGUGUGGUACCUCCAGACUCAUACCAGGCUCAGGCUAUGAUGGACAUUGUCACAGCAAUGGGUUGGAACUACGUCUCCACGCUGGCCUCCGAGGGGAACUACGGAGAAAGCGGCGUAGAGGCCUUUGUGCAAAUCUCCAGAGAGUCUGGUGACGUGUGCAUUGCUCAGUCCCUGAAGAUUCCCCGUGAGCCCAAAGCAGGCGAGUUCGACAAGAUGCUUCUGCGUCUGCUAGAGACGCCCAAUGCCAGAGCCGUCAUCACCUUCGCCAAUGAGGACGACAUACGUCGCAUCCUGGACGCAGCCAAGCGAAACAACCUUACGGGUCACUUCCUGUGGGUGGGCUCUGACAGCUGGGGCUCCAAAAUCUCGCCGGUGCUACACCAGGAGGUCGUGGCCGAGGGUGCCAUCACCAUCCUGCCCAAACGAGCGUCUGUGGACGCGUUCGAUCGCUACUUCAAGAGCCGCUCACUGGCUAACAACCGCAGAAAUGUUUGGUUCGCUGAAUUUUGGGAGGAAAAUUUUGGCUGCAAACUGGGGACACAUGGCAAGAGGACAGGAGCACCCAAAAAGUGUACAGGCUUGGAGAAAGUGGGUCGCGACUCUGCAUACGAGCAGGAAGGCAAAGUCCAGUUUGUGAUGGAUGCAGUGUUUGCCAUGGCCCACGCCCUGGACCAUCUUCACCGGCAGCUGUGUGCCGGCCACCCGGGUCUCUGCCUGCGCAUGACUAAUGUUGAUGGCAAAGAGCUGCUGGCGCAGAUUCGCGCAGUCAAUUUCAACGGAAGUGCUGGUACACCGGUGACGUUCAACGAGAACGGCGACGCUCCUGGCCGCUAUGAUAUUUUCCAGUACCAGAUCAGUGAGCACUCUGGGCCAGAGUAUAAAGUCAUCGGGCAGUGGACCAAUCAGCUGCAUCUCAACAUGUCUGCGCUGAAGUUUGACUCAGUGGGCAGUGUAUCACCCCCUGCGUCAUCAUGCAGCGUGCCAUGCGGGCCUGGGGAGCGCAAGAAAGUCGUGAAGGGCGUGCCUUGCUGCUGGCACUGCGAGCGCUGCGAGGGCUACCAAUUCCUUGCUAACCAGUUCUCCUGCCAGCUGUGCCCGUAUGAACAACGCCCCAACCGGAACAGUAGCGGUUGUCAACCCAUCCCAGUUAUCCGGCUUGAGUGGCACUCGCCCUGGGCACUGGUGCCCGUCCUCAUUGCCGUGCUAGGUAUCUCUGCCACUGCCUUCGUGAUGGCUACCUUCGUACGCUACAACGACACGCCCAUUGUGCGGGCGUCUGGGCGGGAGAUGAGCUACGUGCUUCUGACAGGCAUUUUUCUGUGCUACGUCGCCACCUUCCCAAUGAUGGCUCCGCCAGGUGUUGCCGUGUGCUCCCUGCGUAGGAUUUUCCUGGGUCUUGGCAUGUGCUUCAGUUACGCGGCUCUGCUUACCAAAACCAACCGCAUCCACCGUAUUUUCGCCCAGGGCAAGACAGCGGUGGCAGCGCCUCGGUUCAUCUCACCUACCUCGCAACUGGUUAUUACAUCUUCUUUGGUGGGUGUGCAGCUGGUGGGAGUGUUGGCAUGGUUCGCAGCUGAACCACCACACGCCCUGGUGGACUACGGCGAGCAGCGUACGCCUAACCCCCAGCACGCGAGGGGGUUGCUGAAGUGUGACAUCUCGGACCUUGCGCUCAUCUGCUCUCUGGGCUACAGCAUCCUGCUGAUGGUAACCUGCACGGUGUAUGCCAUCAAGACACGAGGCGUACCCGAGACGUUCAACGAGGCCAAGCCCAUCGGUUUUACCAUGUACACUACCUGCAUCAUCUGGCUGGCCUUCAUACCCAUCUUCUUUGGCACAGCACAGUCAGCUGAGCGGAUGUACAUCCAGACGGCCACGCUGACUGUAUCGCUAAGCCUGAGUGCCUCUGUGUCGCUGGGGAUGCUCUACGUGCCGAAGGUCUACAUCAUCAUCUUCCACCCAGAGCAGAACGUACCUAAGCGCAAACGCAGCUUCAAGGCCGUUGUCACUGCUGCCACAAUGACCAAUAAACUGUCGCAGUUGGCGGCUGAACGGCCCAAUGGCGAAGUGAAGACUGAGCUGUUUCAGGGUGUAGAGGCCGGAGCCUUACCAACAAAAACCACCUACGUCAGCUACGCCAACCACGACAUCUGAACCAAACUCAAAUAAGGUUUUUGGGACCAUCUCCGGAGUAUGGAAAGUUACUUGAACUUAAGUUUACUAUGAAAGAUAAAAACAAACAGUCAAAAACCAGGAGAGUCACAAGAGGAGAUUGUCAAAGAAGAUGAAAAAUAUGUUAUGAUGUUAUGGUCAUUGUGAGUGGAAAAAAAUUGUGUAAUUACAUUUUGGAAUCUUGUACCGCUUUUUGUCCGUUUGUUGAAAUGAGUCUGUCGCUGUUGUGGGACAUGUACAAAUGGAAAUGAAAGUGAAGCAUGCUGGGUUUUCUACAAAUGGAUUUCUAUUUCUGAUUAAACGGGAAAAAUAUUACAUUUGUUUCUGACUACUCUUCAGCCACGUUAGUGAACAAACCACUCAAGCUAAUCACUGAGCAAUCAAUCUAAUGUGUCAGUGAUUCUUCCAUCUUAUGAUCCAUUCCUGCAAUGAUCACUAUUGUGAUCUUGUCCCACAAUGAGCAAAAUGUAGGUUAUUAAAUGAUAGGCAAGCUCUGCAGGAGCCUGAUAACAAUCCUGAUUAUUAGAUUGAGGUGUGUUGGAAGAGGGAGACUUGGAAAACGGCUGGGUAGGUGCCCUUGAGGACCAGACCCCUGAUAUGAAGCAAACCGGCAAGAUGGUGGACUGAUCACAUAGACAAAGUUGCUCUACAUCUAAAUCAAUGGAAUCGAGGCAGAAACUACUGAGGAACAGGAGACAAUCAGUUAACAUAGAGACAUCAUAAUGUGUAAUGCAAAUACAAUGAAUGUUGGGGCCAAAUGUUAUCGUAAUAAAUGGUGAGAGUCUUUGUCCCUGUAAAAGUCUGACAUAUCAGUAGGAGGUGUGUGUAAUUAA